AAACCCAUUGCUCAAGAAAAGUUAGAAAAUUUUGUUCGGAGGAAGAGAUUUGUUUGCUUCUUCGCUUUUCAGAAAAAAAAAAUCUGAGAUCUCUCUGUAGAAGAAGCAGAAGUAGAAGAAGGAUUCAGAGAGACCAUGGCCGACGUUGACGAAUCUGCUAGACGCCGUACCGCGGCUGUCUCCGAUUACCGGAAAAAGCUCCUCCAACAUAAGGAACUCGAAUCCCGUGUUCGAACAGCUAGGGAGAAUUUAAGAGGAGCUAAAAAGGAGUUCAACAAAACUGAGGAUGAUCUCAAGUCUCUUCAAAGUGUUGGCCAGAUUAUUGGAGAAGUGCUUCGACCUCUGGAUAGUGAAAGAUUGAUUGUGAAAGCGAGCAGUGGUCCUCGUUAUGUGGUGGGUUGCCGAAGCAAAGUUGAUAAGGAAAAACUAACCUCGGGAACUCGAGUUGUUCUCGAUAUGACUACACUAACAAUAAUGCGAGCCCUUCCCCGAGAAGUUGAUCCUGUUGUGUAUAACAUGCUUCACGAAGACCCUGGCAACAUUAGCUACUCUGCCGUAGGUGGGUUAGGUGAUCAGAUCAGAGAACUCAGGGAAUCUAUUGAGCUACCUCUCAUGAAUCCUGAACUUUUCCUCAGAGUAGGAAUCAAACCUCCAAAGGGUGUCCUUCUUUAUGGACCUCCAGGUACUGGAAAAACUCUACUAGCUAGGGCCAUAGCGAGCAAUAUUGAUGCCAACUUCUUGAAGGUUGUAUCUAGUGCAAUCAUAGACAAAUACAUUGGAGAAAGUGCUAGGCUGAUUCGGGAGAUGUUUAACUAUGCCCGUGAACACCAGCCUUGUAUCAUUUUCAUGGAUGAAAUCGAUGCUAUUGGUGGGCGUCGUUUUAGUGAGGGAACUAGUGCUGAUCGUGAAAUUCAGAGAACACUAAUGGAGUUACUCAAUCAGCUUGAUGGGUUUGACAACCUCGGAAAGGUGAAAAUGAUAAUGGCCACAAACAGGCCAGAUGUGCUUGAUCCUGCGCUUCUCCGUCCGGGUAGGUUAGACAGAAAGAUUGAGAUUCCUUUGCCAAAUGAGCAAUCAAGAAUGGAUAUUCUCAAGAUCCAUGCAGCUGGAAUCGCCAAACAUGGUGAAAUUGAUUACGAGGCUAUUGUCAAACUUGCUGAGGGUUUCAAUGGUGCUGAUCUCCGUAACAUAUGCACGGAAGCCGGAAUGUUUGCCAUCCGAGCAGAGCGGGACUAUGUGAUCCAUGAAGAUUUCAUGAAGGCUGUAAGGAAGCUCAGUGAGGCCAAGAAACUCGAGUCGAGUUCGCACUAUAACGCUGAUUUUGGAAAAGAAUGAGAGUACACACUCUUUCUUGUGCUUUGGAGAUGAAGAAAGGACAUUGCAAUGGCAGUUUCUUAUUAUUAUUAUUGUCAAUGUGAAACUUGUUUGUUUUACUUCUUGAGGAGCAAAGCUUGUUGUGGAGUGUGUGGUCUUAGUUACUGGUUUUAGUAAUUUAGUGCUUCGAACAAGCAUUUGCCUCUUUUGUGGCCAUUAUAUGCUUGCGUCUUGGACUUGGUGACUAAACAUCAAUUUAGUCUUAAACCAAACGAGUUACAAACA